UUACCUUGUUCAAUACAGUGAAUUAUGUCAUGUUCGAAUGUACACUCAUUAUUAACAUUUCAUGCAAUACUAAUAUCUACUGCUUUAGGUCCAGAAUUGGGUUGGAUAUAGUGCAAGAUGGGGCUGCUCCACUUUUGUGUAGUGUAAUAUUGUGAAAAUGUACUUCCUUGUUAUGUUUGAAUGCAACACUUUGAAUAAGAAACUUGAGUUGUUUUUAAAAUUGUUAAUUCACCGACUGAUCAAACCACACAUGUGCAUUUUUACAUGGUAAGUACUAAAUGUAAAUUGUUAAAGAUGAAAAAGAGGUAAAAUUAUUUAUCUACACAUUCUGUUUAUAUUUGACUGAAGGAUCUAAACACUUUUAUUUACCUUCGAAAUUAUAUGCUUUGGAGCUUCAUAUUAAAUGCUGUAUAUAGUUUGGUGCUUAGAAAAAAGAAUUUAUUCAUUGUGGAAUUGCUUUGACUAAUGACUGUGUUUCAUAGCUUUCUGAGCUUUAUUAGAACAGUCAUAUAGAUCUGUUCAUUCUGUACGUGCAUAGAACAGAGAAGAAUUGUUGAUAAUCUACAAUACAUGCAAUGUAUAUAGUCUCUUGGUCAGGUUCUGCCUAGCUUACAGAUCCGGGUUGACAUUAGAAUAGACAUAGAGAGUGAAAGUAGGGUCCAGUGUGGACAAGCUUAUUUGAAACACGCUUAUUCAAAUAUAUGGACUCAAUUCCUAAAAAGGGGACCAACAAAUUUAUAAGGAGAGGAUGAUGAGGCGUAUACAUUGCAAAUCAUGAAGGUCAGAAAGUUGGAGGGAAAGUGGCAGAAACAGCAAGAUGGUGUGCUCUGGGAAGAUGCAAGUCAACUAGAAACUGACAUAUUCAAUAAGGAUGGUGUGUCAGCUGUUGUAGUGGCCAAGGUAAAACAGAUUGAUGGAGAUUGGCACAAAUUGAAUGAACAAUCUGGAGACUGGAAGAAACUAGAUUCAAAGACUGCAAAGAAAUAUGAGACAAAUGGUAUUGUGCACUUUGAACAGAAGAAGGUUAAGAAAGUGGAUGAUGUUUGGAAAGAGUGGGAUGAAGAGAACCAACAAUGGAAGGAUGCUGCACCAAAUAAUGCUCAGAAAUAUGAACUGGGUGACUUCACUGCAAGGCCAAUAACACUAAGAAAGAGAAAUGAAACCUGGCAGCAGUUAAAUGUAGAAAGCAAUAGCUGGGAAGAUGUUACACCAGCUAAAGCAGAAAAAUAUGACAAGGAAGGUAUAGAAAGUGCUACAACACAACAGAUAAAGGAGCAGGAUGGGGAGUGGAUGAGGCUUCAUGAGAAGUCUGGAGAGUGGAAGACACUCAGU